AACAGGUUUCCUUCAAACCAGAAGUCCGCGUUCUCGAGACGAAGCUCGCGCGCAGGCACGGAAGAAAAGUGCGCUCCGCCGCCAUGGCGCAGUUUUAGGAGAACUUUCCUCACGGAGAUCUGUCGGGUCCGGGACGUUUUCUUCUUCCACCGAGAGCCUUUCACACAGCCCCCCAACUUCCCCCGCUCCGUAGCCCGCCGCGCACCGGUGUGAUGCCCGCCGGGAUGUUCAGCAUAGACAGCAUCCUGUCCGGCAGACCCAGCUGCAAGGAGCCGCUGCUGCUGCACCGGAGCGGUCCGGUGGUGCUGUCCGCGGGCCUCACGGACUCUAUCUACACCGACUACAAUGGACUGUACUCGGCCACGUGUGGGCCGUCUCCCCCGGGCGUCCAGUCCCUGAAUGGGACCCGGAUAGGAUAUAACGGCUACUACUACGGACAGCUGCACGUGCAGGGCGCCGGAGGGGCGCCGCCGUGCUGCGGCUCCGUGCCCGGCCUCGCCCCGCAGCAGUGCCCGUGCAUCCCGGCAGGCUACGACAGCCCGGGCUCCGUGCUGAUCUCUCCGGUCCCGCACCAGAUGAUGUCCUACAUGAACAUGGGCAGCCUGUCGCGGACCGAGCUGCAGCUCCUCAACCAGCUGCACUGCCGCAGGAAGCGGCGGCACCGCACCAUCUUCACCGACGAGCAGCUGGAGGCCCUGGAAGGCCUCUUCCAGGAGACAAAGUACCCGGACGUCGGCACUCGGGAGCAGCUGGCCCGCAAGGUCCACCUCCGGGAGGAGAAGGUCGAGGUUUGGUUCAAAAACAGACGCGCGAAGUGGAGGAGGCAGAAACGGUCCUCAUCCGAGGAAUCAGAGAACUCUCAGAAAUGGAACAAAUCCACCAAAAGCUCCGCGGAGAAAAGCGAGGAGGCCAAGAGCGAGGUGGACUCGGACAGCUGAUUACACGGCGGACGCGUGUGCGCGCGCGUGUCGGGGUGUCAUGAGACGUGUUGCCAUGUUGCACAGUUGUACAUAAACUACAGCUAUUUAUAUUUAAUUUAAACUGUUGUGGCGUUCCGCAUCGUGUCACGUUACACGCGGAGUGUGUGUGGAUGUUAAAUGUUGUAACUCUGUCGUAGAAUCAUCCGGCCGCAGGGAACCACGUGGUCUGCGCGCGCGUAGAUAUUUGUGUUGUUUUUUUUUCACUUUGGAAAGAUAAGCAAACGUACGUUAAAGGCCUACGAAUAUUCAUUAAAAUAUAAAUGAAACUUCA